GGCGCGUGGAGGGAAGGAGAGACGCGAAGACGAGGGAAGAGAGCCUCUUCUCUCCAGAUGAGCCCUCUCUCGGAACCGCUCGUCCACAAUUUGCCGCUCCAGUCUCGCGUCGAGUCCCGUCGGCGCAUCUUUUCGGGGCUCGUUCCCUCGCUGCUCUCCCACUUCUCAUCGUAAGAACGUGCCGUACCGAGAGUCAAGUGUCCCACGAGAAAUCGUUUUCAUCUCUCGUCGAUCGCAUUGAAAACUCACAGCGAUCCCCUAUCCUUUUCUCUCUUUUCAUCGGCGUUCGGAGUUGUUCAUUCAGAGAUCCGUAUUUUCGGACAUUCGGGUCCGGGUGGCUCGGGUGAAACUCCUCUUAGGGUACACAGAGGUUUUGUACUCGAAGAAUCGAUGAUUGAAGAUUGAACAGAGGGUACACGUGGGUGAAAUUGAGAUUGAGGUUUGAGUGCACCUGGUGACACUGUGGAUUAUUGCUAGCUCGUGGCGGAGUUAUGUUGAUUUCGUUGACAGAAUUCCGCGAGUGUCACAUUACCGAGCACCCAGCCGACCAAGAACCAUGAUCGAGAAUCCGAUCGUGGUGGCGAUCGCGGAGCAGCGUUGCUGAACCGUUCCCGAGACCUCGAGAGGAGUUCGCGUCCCGAGAUCGAUCGUGGAUCAUGCGCGUGAAACGAGCCGUCAUCGAUCGCGCGACGAACUAACGUAACAUCGGGCUCGUUAUUCCACGUGGGGGACAGGGGUAGCAGUGCGCUGAUCGAUAAACAACGACGGGGGAGAGCCGCGAUCGCGAUCCUCACGAAAAAUGCCGAACCCGGCCCUGCUGUUGUCCGCCGCGUGGCUGCUGUCGAUCGUUCUCCACGGAGCGUCGACCACGGGACAACGCUACACCACCAGCCCCGGCCAGGAUCUGGAUAACACGCUGCAAUCGGUACCACCUCUCGGGCCGAACGUGUGCAGGUCAAGGUACAAGAAUUAUUGUUGCCCCGGCUGGUCGAGGAAGCCGGAGACCGGACACUGCGUAAUUCCUGUAUGCUCAAGACGCUGCGGUCCAGUGGGCAAAUGCAUCAGACCAAAUAUUUGCUUGUGCGAGGGUGGCACUGUGGCCUCGUCUUGCGUUAGCAGUCAAACCAAAGCUUCCACGCACGAGAAUGGUAACGCGGUAGACAGGGGAGAAUCCAGCAGAUGCAGGGCGCACUGUAUAAAUGGCAAUUGCGUAGACGGAAGGUGUCAGUGUCGCCCUGGAUACCAGGGAGAAUUCUGUAACGAACCGAUAUGUCGAGAGCCCUGCUUGAACCAAGGAAGAUGCAUCGGAGUAGAUCGCUGCGCCUGCAUCUACGGUUACACAGGAAGACGAUGCGAAACGGAUUACAGAACUGGCCCGUGUUUCACCAAAGUGAAGAAUGGACAAUGUUUGGCGAACCUUCAGGGUGUCGUUUGCACGAGGCAACUGUGCUGCGCGACGGUGGGCAAGGGAUGGGGCCACCCCUGCGAGAGAUGUCCCGCUAGACUGGACUGCGAGCUGGGACACUUGAAGACCAAUCAGGGCCAGUGCGUUGACAUAAACGAGUGUGAAGCAAUACCAGGAUUAUGCGAGGGUGGGAAAUGCCUGAACACUCCUGGUUCUUUCACCUGCGAGUGUCCCGACGGACAGGCUAGGGAUCCAGAGACCAAUGCAUGCAAGGACAGGGACGAAUGUCAAGAAGAAGGCAUCUGCGCCGACGGAAGAUGCAUAAAUACUGUCGGUGGUUACUACUGCAUGUGCAAUCCUGGAUUCAUUCAAAGCCAAGAUCGAAGAUACUGUAUCGACGGACGACAAGGAUUGUGUUACACUUCGGUGAACAGAAACGGUCAAUGCAAAAAUCGCUUGGAGAUGAGACUGAGCAAGAAGGACUGCUGUUGCGGCAAGAACAUGGGAAGAGGCUGGGGCGACGAGUGCUACAUUUGUCCUAAUUUUGGAAGCGACGAUUACAACAAGCUCUGUUUGCAACAACUGCAGCCGAUCAUAGAGAUAAACGAGUGCAUGCUGCGUCCGGACAUUUGCGGAAACGGCCAGUGCAUCGACACGAAGGACGGAUAUGAGUGUAACUGUUACUCAGGAUUCACGAAAAAAGCUGGCAGAUGCGAGGACAUCGACGAAUGCCUUUUGGGCUACUGCGAGGGUGGCACUUGUCAGAAUUACGAGGGUAGCUUCACUUGUCAGUGCCCACCUGGCUUCGUUGUAUCCGGGGAAGGCAGAUACUGCACUGACCACGACGAAUGCCAGGACACAGGCACGUGCAACAAUGGUCACUGCAUCAACAUGAACGGAUCAUUCCAGUGCAAGUGCAACGAUGGCUAUGUGCUAUCGCCAACAAGGAAUACUUGCAUCGAUAUCAACGAAUGCGCCGACAAUCCAAGAAUAUGCCUGAACGGCAGAUGCGAGAAUACACCUGGAUCGUAUCACUGCAUUUGUCAACCUGGAUUCACUGCCUCGCGAGAUAAUACCUUCUGCGUGGACAUGGAUGAAUGUUCGACGAGUGGCAUGUGCGAGAAUGGGAAGUGCGUGAACAUGGAAGGGUCCUUCAAAUGCGUCUGCGAUUCGGGCUUCCGGAUUGGGCCAGACCAAAGUCAUUGUAUCGACAUUGACGAGUGCCUAAGUGGACCAUGCCAAAAUGGCCGCUGCAUUAACACCCCCGGCAGCUUCCGGUGCGAGUGCAAUCCUGGAUUUAAUUUGGGACCCGAUGGAAGAUCUUGUUUGGACACCAGACGGGAUUUGUGCUACUCCCAAUACAGAGACGGACAAUGUUCGAACCCCACAUCCGCAGCAGUGACAAAAUCUAGCUGUUGCUGCUGUACUGUGAUACUAGGACAACCCAUGGGCUGGGGAAGCACUUGCCAGGCAUGUCCAUUGCCUAAUACGAGCGAAUUCGAUGCAUUGUGUCCUCAUGGCGCAGGAAUGACUUAUAACGGAGAUGAUAUCAACGAGUGCGCGCAGAAUCCUAACAUUUGCGUGAACGGUGGAUGCGAGAAUCUGAUGGGAACCUAUCGAUGUAUCUGCGACAGCGGCUACGAGGUGGAUGACACGGGCAAAAUCUGCACAGACAUAAAUGAAUGCGAACUGGAGGAAUCGUUGUGUAGCAAGGGACAGUGUCGCAAUACACCUGGUAGCUUCCAGUGUAUUUGUCCGAGUGGCACGAGAUUCAACACAGAGAAUUACAUGUGCGAGGACAUCGACGAAUGCGAGGAACUUGGUCCCGAUGUCUGCUUGAACGGAAUCUGCGUGAACACUCAGGGCUCGUACGAGUGCGAAUGCACUUCCGGAUAUAUUCUCGAUCAUACUGGUCACAUUUGCAUGGAUAAUAGGAGAGGCACCUGUUGGACGAAAAUGAUAGAGGGUCGCUGCGAGAAUAAUUUACCAAGGCUGGCUCUGAAAUCGGAGUGCUGCUGCUCCGUAGGGGUUGCUUGGGGCAGUCCCUGCGAAAUUUGCGAUUACUCUUUGUGCGAGUGUAAAAAGGGAUACGCGAAAUUCGGCGGGAAGGAAUGCGUGGAUGUUAACGAGUGCGAACUGAAUAGCGGCAUAUGCAAGGGUGGCGGCACUUGCGUUAACACCGAUGGCUCCUAUCGUUGCGAGUGUCCUCCCGGACUGACUUUGGAUGCAACCCACACCACUUGCGUAGACACUAGGCAAGAGACAUGCUACAUGGAGUAUCGGCACGGUCAAUGCACCAACGCGAUCGAAGGCCAAUUUUCCAAGAGCCUCUGCUGCUGUUCAGUUGGCCGUGCAUGGGGCAGCGAAAGAUGCGAAUCCUGUCCGAAACCGGGCACCCACGCUCAUAACGAGCUAUGCCCGAGAGGAGAUGGAUUCACCGACAAGCACGACAUCAACGAGUGCGUCGAGUUCCCUGGAAUGUGUUUGAACGGAAGGUGCAAGAAUACGGUAGGCAGUUACAGUUGCAAGUGCAAUCAAGGCUUCGCGCUGGACGAGCAUGGGAUCAAGUGCAACGACAUCGACGAAUGCGAGAUCAUGCAUGGCGUAUGCGGAAACGGCACCUGCAGGAACACACCUGGCAAUUUCCAGUGUGACUGUAACCCGGGGUAUCGCAGCAGUGACAUAAUGAAAAUAUGCAUGGACAUUGAUGAAUGCGAGGAGACGCCAGGAUUAUGUAGAGGAGGCACCUGCGUCAACACCGAAGGCGGCUUCAAGUGUCUGUGCCCACCUGGCCACGAGUUGGGCCCUGACAAGCAGUCCUGCAAGGACAUCGACGAGUGCUCGAGGACCAGCGGGAUUUGCUCGAACGGCGCCUGCGAGAACAUGAUGGGGACAUAUCAGUGUAUUUGCGACGACGGCUACCAGCAGACUGGAUUGAAGUCCCAUUGCGAGGACAUAAACGAGUGCGCGGUGAACAACGGCGGCUGCGAGGACAUUUGCCUGAACACGCCUGGAAGCUUCUCUUGCUCGUGCGGCGUCGGUUUCGCACUGAAUCUCGACGGUCGAUCCUGCAUGGAUGUCGACGAGUGCAAGGAAAAUCCUCGGAUCUGCAACGGCGGCAAGUGCAGUAAUAUUCCUGGUGGAUACAUAUGCACCUGCACCGAUGGCCUGUUGCCUGGCAGUGGAGCUUCUUGUGUAGAUGUCGACGAAUGCACCAAUCAGCCUCACAUUUGCGGCUACGGUGAAUGUUACAACACCAUUGGUUCCUUCAACUGUCGCUGCGAAGAGGGGUACUCCGUGAAACCGGAAGCAGGCCCUGGCUGCACCGACGACGACGAAUGCCUCUUGAAUGCGUACUCCUGCAGUGAGUUCGCCGACUGCCAGAAUACCCAAGGUUCCUACGAAUGCACUUGCCACGAAGGUUUCGUGGGCAAUGGCAUCGAAUGCAGAGACGUCAACGAGUGUCUGACCAACAAUGGCGGCUGCGACUCUAACGCCCAGUGUAUUAACACCGAAGGGUCGUUCAAGUGUGUCUGCGACGCUGGCUUCAGGGGCGACGGCUACGACUGCAAGGACAUCGACGAGUGCGCCAACGACAACACCCUCUGCGAAAACGGCCACUGCCUCAAUUAUCCGGGCUCGUUCCGCUGCGAGUGCGAGAUGGGCUUCAUGCAUCCCGACGAAAAUAGCGAGCAAACCUGCGUCGACAUAAACGAGUGCGAGAUGUUCAGCAACCUGUGCGUGUUCGGUCGCUGCGAGAACAUAUUCGGAAUGUUCCGUUGCGAGUGCAACGAAGGCUACAAGCUGGACGGAUCGGGUGGGAAUUGCACGGACAUCGACGAAUGCGAGAAUCCACAGUCCUGCCAAUACGGCACUUGCAUAAACACUCAGGGCAAGUACAUCUGCAAGUGUCCACCCAAUUACGACUUGGUCGAAGCUGGGAACGCUUGCGUCGACAGGCGAGAGUCGUUCUGCUUCACCGGUUUCGAGCGCGGAACCGGAAAGCCGCAAUGCAUCUUCGACAUGUCCUCCUCCGUGACCAAGGCAACCUGUUGCUGCAGCAUCGGCAACGCUUGGGGAAAUCGUUGCGAGGAAUGUCCUUUAAUUGGCACGAAGGAAUUCGAGGAAUUGUGUCCCGGUGGGCCAGGGUACAGGCCGAACCAACUCACCGUGAUCCUGGAGGAUAUUAACGAGUGCGAGGAGCACGAAAAUAUCUGUCAGAAUGGCCACUGCACUAACACUUUCGGUAGCUUCAUGUGCUCUUGCAACGAGGGAUUCAAUUUGGACGAGACUAAGACCAAUUGCAUCGACAUCAAUGAGUGCGUCCUGCAUCCACACAUAUGCGGAGUUGGAUACUGUAUCAAUGAUCAAGGAAAGUACCACUGCGAGUGCCCGGAAGGAUACAUGGCGAUGCCAGGAGGAAAGGAAUGCGUCGACAUGAGGAAGGAGUCUUGUUACCUAAGCUACGAAGCUGGUCAGUGUCUCAAUCCCAUGAUGCACCCGCAGACGAAAAUGUUGUGCUGCUGUUCGAUGGGAGCUGGAUGGGGAAGUCCUUGUGAGGAGUGUCCAGCUGAAAGGACACGUGAACAUGAAAUUUUGUGCGGCAUGGUUCCUGGCCAAAUAAAGAAUCCAAUAACCAAUCACACCGAAGAAAUCGACGAAUGCGCGCUAAUGCCAACGAUGUGCACUCACGGCCGUUGCGUGAACACUCCCGGCAGCUUCGAGUGCCAGUGUGAACGAGGAUACAUCUACGAUCAGGACUCGCAUCAGUGUAUCGAUGAGAACGAAUGUUUGCAGGUGCCGAAUCCCUGCAGCGGCAACGCGCAGUGCAUAAACAAACAAGGCUACUUCGAAUGCGUCUGUCCAGCCGGGUACAAGCUGGGACUCAGCCAACGGGAUUGCGUCGAUAUCGACGAAUGCUACGAGAGACCCGGCAUAUGCAACAACGGUGCCUGCAACAAUUUGCAGGGCAGCUUCCAGUGCGUUUGCCAUUCCGGCUUCGCUUUAACCAGGGACAGGGACAACUGCGUGGACAUCGACGAGUGUCAGCGCAAUCCGAACAUCUGCAACAACGGGACCUGCGUCAACACUCUGGGCUCGUACAAGUGCAUUUGCUACCAGGGAUUCAAACUGAGUCCUAACAACGAUUGCGCUGAUAUCGACGAGUGCCGAAUAAUGCCGUACCUAUGCCGCAACGGAAGAUGCAGGAACACGAUCGGUGGAUUCAUCUGCGAAUGCGCUGAUGGCUACGUGCUGGCGCAGGAUGGCCAGCAUUGCAGGGACAUCGAUGAGUGUCACGAGGUGCCCGGACUCUGUCCACCGCCAGGCAAAUGCCAGAACUUAAUGGGAUCUUAUAUCUGCAACUGUCCGCCUGGUUACGAGUUGGAUCACAUAAGGAAGGCGUGCGUUGACGUCGACGAGUGCGUGGAGACGCCGGGUAUCUGCGAGAACGGUCGUUGCAUGAACACGGAAGGCGGCGUGAUCUGCGAGUGUCCAGUUGGGUACAAGUUGAGCGACAGGCCGAACUCAAUGCGGUGCAUCGAUGUGAGGGAGGAGAUGUGUUACGAUAGUUACCAGCAUGGACGAUGCUCUUACCAGCGAACGGGUGGAAUGACGAAGAAGCACUGUUGCUGCACAAUGGGGAAGGCUUGGGGGAGAUAUUGCGAGCAGUGUCCUCCUGAGAACAGCGAGGAGUUCAGGAGACUGUGUCCCGAAGGACCAGGCAGAGACGACACAGGAAUCGAUCUAAACGAAUGCCUGUUCAUGCCUGACGCCUGCUCCGGUGGUGAAUGCAUAAACACCGAUGGCUCCUUCCGGUGCGAGUGUCCGCAAGGAUACGUCUUAGACGCCAGUGGACGACGUUGCGUCGACAACAACGAGUGCCUCGCCGUUCAGAACAUAUGCGGUAACGGGACUUGCAUCAACAUCAACGGUGGCUUCGAAUGCUCCUGCAACGAGGGAUUCACGCCUGGCGUGAACCAGGUCUGCGAGGACGUGAACGAGUGCGUGGAACUUGGCAACCAGUGUGCAUUUAGGUGUCACAAUGCACCUGGUACAUUCAGAUGCAUUUGUCCUUACGGAUACACUCUGGCUCCUGAUGGAAGACACUGUAUAGACGUGGACGAAUGCGCUACACCUGCGAACAACUGCAAGUACCAAUGCAAGAACCUGAUAGGCUCGUUCAUGUGCAUCUGUCCACCUGGAUACCAACAAAUUGGCAUGACAGACGAGUGCAAGGAUAUCAACGAGUGCGCGAUCAACUCUGGCCUAUGUAGAAACGGUCGAUGCGUGAAUCUGGAGGGUAGCUACCAGUGUCUCUGCUACGAUGGCUUCCAACAGAGCGAGGAUGGCAAAUCUUGCAUAGAUCGCAGAGUUGGAUACUGUUUCCUGCAAACAAUCGGCGGAAGAUGCACAGCGAGGACUCUAGAUCUGAAGACAGUGACAAAGGCGGAUUGCUGUUGCACUAUGGGCGCAGCAUGGGGACCGCACUGCGAAAUUUGUCCUUCGAAGGAUUCCGAUAAUUACAACGAGCUCUGUUUGGACAAGGGUUUCUCCGUGGAUGGUCAAGAUAUCGAUGAAUGCAGAACGAUUCCUGAUCUAUGCAAAAACGGAUUGUGCAUCAACACGUUAGGUUCUUAUAGAUGCGUUUGUAACAAAGGUUACAAGAGUGACAAAACCGGAACCCAAUGCGUUGAUAUAAAUGAGUGCGAGCUGACACCGAAGCCUUGCAAGUACAACUGCCAAAACACAGAAGGAAGCUUCACGUGUUCCUGUCCUACGGGCUUCCUUCUCAAUCCCGAUGGUAUCAGCUGCAGGGAUCUGGACGAAUGUGCGACCGGAAAUCAUCUGUGUCAGCAGAAUUGCAUCAACACUCAAGGAAGCUACACUUGCGGCUGCCAGGAGGGCUACACCCAAGAUGGCGACGCUUGUCACGAUAUAAACGAGUGUGAACAAGCUGGAACUUGUCCCAAACCAGGCACUUGUCUCAAUACUUUGGGAAGCUUCCGGUGCAUGUGUCCAAGAGGAUUCAAGUUGGACCAGAGUGGCAGAUUUUGCGUUGACCAGAACGAGUGUGCCGACGACACCACCUGUGAACAUGGCUGUCAGAACUACAUGGGAAGCUAUCGCUGUGGUUGCCCCGACGGUUUCGUUCAGCAUCUCUAUUACAACCAGUGUAUCGACGAGAACGAGUGCAACGGAUCACCUUGCGGAGACAGUACUUGCAUCAACACGAUUGGUAGUUACAAGUGCGGUUGCCCUGAUGGUUAUCAGUACGACAAUAAAUUACAGAUUUGUAUGCAGGUGAGCGCUGGAUGCAUUGGCAGUCCCUGUGCAUUUGGAUGCACUCCGAAAGGUUCCAGUGGCUUCAUCUGUGGAUGUCCGACCGGUUAUCAGCGAAUUGGACAGGGCCAUUGUUUGUCGACCAUAAGUCCAUUGUCCCAAGGACACUACGGCGAAGACAUCAGCAACGCUCCCACCUUCGUCAUUAAUCCCGAUCCUUAUCACAUACCGCCCGCAGAUGAUAAGACGAUAUCGACCGAAGGUUGCUUCUCCUGCAAGAUCAAUGGCAAGGGAAGACACAGAAGAGGCGCACGAAUGAAAUCAAUGGACAGGGAAUUAAUUGCACGACGAAGUGAAAUCAUGAAAACGAGGUUCACGAGGGCAGCGAAGAGACACCAUCAUGGCGAGGAAUAUGUUCUCAAGAUCAGCCUGCGGCAGACGAGGCACCGAAUGAGAAUUAUUAAACUGCAGCCGGCUGUCAAGAACGAGGAUAUCGUGUACACAAUAGCGCACGGCGACAAGGAGGACCACUUCGAAAUCGUGAAGGAGUACGGUGUCUGGGCGCUUCAUUUCCGCAAUCGAUUGAAGAAACCAGGCCACUUCCGGUUGGCGAUCCACGGACGCUCGAGAGACAACGCUACCGAGGAGAACGAAGUCUGGCAGAGGCCUCUCACGUUCAGAGUUCACCUGAUAGUGACGGAGUAACGCUUAGGAUCCAAUGUUUCGGUUCUAAUUAGUCAAUUAUCUCGCUUCCACGCGAGACACCGAAACGAAACGGCGAGAAACGGGAAAAGGAACGGGAGGGUAUACUGAUCCGAGUAUUACGAACGAGAAUUUUUUGCUGAAAUUAGCGUAAUCCCGCGCGGACGCAGCGGAUGCUUUAAAUUUUGUGUUCAUGUGCCAGACUUGCGUCGUUCCCACUGCCAAAUAAUUGUGUUUUUCUUUUGUUUUAUAUAGAACUUAGCUGUGCACGGUCGCAAUUGAUUCUGUAACACUGCCUUCGCCUUUGUUUGAUAUUUUUCUGAUAUUUCUUUUAGAUACUCUAGAUAAAGCAUAGAUUAAUGUUCGUUAGAUGGUGCGAGGUUUCACUAUGCAGGUGUCAAGGUUUCGUAAACUACGUAUUAAUUCAUAAUACUUUCAGGCUUACUUCAUCGGUGUACUUUUUUUAUAUUGAGAAAUUCGACGGAAAUUUGUAACGUGUCACUUGGAAUUCCCAGUAUUUUGAUACUUCCAAUGAAACAUUCAUCUCUGGGGCACUUUAAUGAAGUGAAAGCUCGACGGACGCAAGAAUGAAAUUGAACAAUGUCUACCAAAAGACGCACGGACAGUGGAAGCUGUCUUAACAAUCUCUGCCAUAAGUUACUGCCACUCGUAACAUACGAAACACGAUUCGUAGAAAUAACACGCUACGGAUGUACAAAAAGAAACGAAUUUUUUGUUUUUUGUUUGUUUUAUUACGCCUAAGUGGACGGAGUAAUGUACACACAGACGCACAGAUAUAGCUUUAUAUAUUUAUAAACGUUUAUGGAUAACUAGCAGGUAAAGAAAUAAAUUUAUACGAGUCGGUGUAGAAAGUCUGUGGACCACGUUCGACGAAUGUGUUCAAAGUCAUCAUUGAUUACAAUAACUUUGUAAUCGAGAUUCACGAAAAUGGUCCAUACUUUCGGUACACCGUCGAACGAAGUGCCUUCACGAGAAUUAAAAGAGAAUUACAUAAGGAUAGUAACGUUAAUCGACUUGGUAGUAUGUACAAUUUAAUUAGCAGCGUCAAUCACGUCGAUCAGUAGCAAACGCAAGGUGUAGCGUGCGACUGUUGUCACGAUAAAUAUGUGAAUAGAAAUUAUUAUGGCUAGUUUUGUACAAUUACAACGGAUGCGAAGAUUAUUUCAGCC